UUCACCCCGAGCAACCAUUACCGCCUUCAAUUUCUAUCUUCCAUCACUUUCUCUCCUCUAGAUUCUCUGCAGAUUUCAAGUCUCCUCUCUUCCAUUUCCGAACUGCUUCACUUUUUAAAUAUAUAUUCUUUAACAACCUUCGAUUUGCUAUAAUUUCAGUUUUCCGCCAUGGAUUCCUUCAAAUUGGACAACGUCAAGGCUGAGAAAGCUGAGGCUCUUCGGAGAUUCAACCAGAGGCAAACCUUGAAGAAGCUGCUUCUUCUCUUGUGUGAGCUUUUUCUUGCCUUUUUCUUACUCUCCUGGUUGUCAAAGAGGAUCCCUUACGCUCUCCAGAUCUCCGGAGAUUUUGUUCGUGGAUUUGUACUGGUUUUAGACCGGCCUCUGUUUCGGUUUAUGCUUGUCAGCCUCCUUAUACUCGUUAUUUUUGUUUUAUCCUUCCGGAAAACGAGCUCACCUGACAUCUACGACCAGUAUACCGGAUCCUGCUGGAAGGCAACGGGAAACACGGCGGAGGAGCCUGUGGAGGACACUGUGGUGGACAAACAAGUUAUUCUUGAGGACAUUGCGGUUUUGGAAAAGAGAGCCGUCCUGGAGACAGUUACGGAGGAGUCAGAGCGUGCAGUUUCUCCAGUGAAGCAGGACACUCUGAGUACAGUUACGGUAACAGAGGUUACGGUUAGUGCAGUGAUAGUUACUGAGACAAAGCCUGCGAUGGUGGUGAAGAAGAAGGACUACAGGAGGAGCCAAUCGGAGAUGUCCGAGAAUUCUAGGAACAAAAACCGGCAGGAACUGCAGAGAUCGGAUACGACGAUCGGCAGGCAAAUGGUGAUCGCCGGCACAGAAUCGCGGAGGAAAUCAAUGGACCAUUUGAGCAGUGAGGAGUUCAAGCUCACAAUUGAGAGUUUCAUUGCAGAACGGAAAAAGACUCUGUUUCUGGAAAACAGAGCAUCAUCCCUUGCCAUAGUGAGUUCUAAGUAAAACUCAAAGCAAAUAUGGAGAAGUUCCUUUGAGAAAUUAAUGAAAAAAAAAAGAGAGAGAGAAAGAAAACUAUCUCGAUUAUCUAAUUGGGAUGUACACUGACAUAAUAUUCCCUAUCUUGAUGAAUUUAGAAAUGAAGAGAAGCUUAUGGGAUUGAUGUACAGUUUUUUGUCUUUGAUUUUUCUGUUUAGGAAUCAAGGUUUUUUUUUGUU